AUGCUGACUUCUAGCAGGUCACAUGUCAGGAGUGAUCUUGAUGCCUAUGUGUGUCUCUUCGAAGAAUGCGACACCCCAGAUCAGUUGUAUAACCACAGUGAAGAAUGGCUGAAACAUAUGCGUGAACAUUCAUUGCGCUGGCGCUGCAACUCCAAAUCCCACGAGCCAUGUGUAUUUGACUCACGAGAUACAUAUGCAGAUCAUUUGCGACAUGCCCACAGGGAAAAAUUCAGCGAAGCACAAGUUCGGGUCCUGGCUAACAAGAAUGCGCGGCCAAACAACCCCCUUUUUCAAUCUUGUCCACUGUGCGGCGAGUUCGAAGCUACAAACGGCACACUCGAAGAACAUAUUGUGGGACAUCUGAGGGUUUUGGCUUUGAAAUCCCUACCUCCUUAUGAAGACGACGCGUCGGAGUACUCUGACACGGAUGGUGACACUUCGCAUGCCUCAAAGCCACACCAGCGCAGUACAAUCUACAAUGAUUCGGAUAGGUUCGUUGAUCUACAGUUUGAAGAUCAUGAGAAAUAUGCAGAUCUUGACGGACAUGAUGGAAUUGAUGACUCUUUGCCAAUGUAUCUUGAGACGCAUGGUUUCGUGGAGUCUGAUGAGAGCUUGCAUCGAGAACUGCUGCCAGAAAGUUCUGCCAACAGAUUGUCAGGUCAUGAUAUACCCGCCAAAGGCCAAAGGCAAAUGGAAUGGGGCCUUGUGAUUGAGAGCAUUGAACCAUUUACGCAUGAUGAGAAGGACUUGAUACUUGAACACCUGGUGUUGAAGCAGCUUUGCUCUCCCACAUUGACGUCAAGUCCAAGUGAAGGUAAAGUCGACACUCAAUCCACGAGCCUGAAUCCUAUCACUGGCGAACAUGAGACACAACAACAUAUCACGUCUUAUUCAGAUCGCCAAAUUUCACAGCAGCUCUCUUCUGUUUUUAAGGAAACUUCGAAGAAUGGGAUGUUCGAGACAGAAUUACCUGAGAUUUAUGAGAGGUACGGUGUAUCGCGACCGUAUGGCAAUGAACCCACAAACGGCACCAUAAACGCACAGGCUGGUAAUUUUGAGAUGUUUGAAAGGAAUGACCUUCAUUCUACAUUGCUUCAACACCGAAUGGACGCAUCCAAGUCCGUUCCCAGGAUGAGAGCAGGCUACACGCCUCUGGAAUCACCACUACUACCAGGAUCUACCCCAUUAUCCACUCAUAAUCUCAAACACAAUACAAAUGCGAACCUGGAACAAAGUCUGAAAAGAGAAAGCCAUUUCCCAGAAGAUACCAGUUAUGAAUCUCACAUUUUCACCAAACCAGAGCAGAAGAUUUACGACUGGUCUGACCUUCUUGAGAAGCAUUUCCCCGGCCAUUCAGUUGGCAAACUUGACAAUUUGGAAGGGAACGCCACAAAUCGAAUCGAUUUGGAUGACAUAAUUUCACGUUUACUAAAAUCUACCACACCUAACAAAAGAGGACUCCCUGUUUCUCUCGAGGAGAUAUAUGGUGUAUGUGCCGCAUCGCGGGAAGUUCUACUUUGUCAGCCUAUGCUUUUGGAAUUGAGUGCGCCUCUCGAGAUUGUUGGCGACGUUCACGGCCAGUACACCGACCUGAUCAGAAUCUUUGAGCUAUGCGGCUUUCCACCGACGACUCCAUACUUAUUUCUCGGUGACUACAUUGAUCGAGGAAUGCAAGGUCUCGAAACAAUUCUCCUUCUACUAUGCUAUAAGCUCAAAUACCCAGAGAGGAUCCAUUUGCUUCGGGGAAACCACGAAGCCGCCGAUGUUUCCCGGGUAUAUGGCUUUUACGAUGAGUGCAAGCGACGAUGCAAUGUUAAGAUCUGGAAAACUUUUAUAAACGUUUUUAAUUGUUUACCUGCCGCAUGUGUGGUCGCGGACAAGAUCUUUUGCGUGCAUGGCGGCUUGUCCCCGUCUCUUUUCCAAAUGGAUGACAUCCGCCAGCUUCAGCGUCCCACUGAUGUCUCCGACAAUGGUCUGCUCUGUGAUCUUCUUUGGAGCGAUCCUGCUAUCAUGGAACAUGAAUGGGAGCCAAAUGACCGCGGAGUGAGCUUUUGCUUCAACAAGAGCAUUAUCGAAGCGUUUCUUUCACGACAUAAUUUCGAUUUGAUUUGCCGGGCACACCAGGUGGUUGAGGAUGGAUAUGAGUUUUUCGCUGAUCGGCUGGCGGUGACUGUUUUCUCAGCACCAAAUGUAUGUAUCACUCUUUCUUUGCUUUUCUCUCGUGGGCUGUGA